AUGGCUCAACAACCACUUCCCAAUACGCAACAGCCCCUCGAUGUUUAUGGCGGUGAUGAAGUAUCGGCCCUCGUCCUCGACGCCGGUUACUGUCACACCCGAGCAGGUUUCGCCGGCGAAGAUGUUCCUAAAUCAGUCAUACCCUCUUUCUAUGGCAGCUUCAAAUCCGGCGAAGGCGACAGCGCCACCGACCAUGAGGUCUUCGGCGACGAGUACCUGGUUCCCCGCGCCGGCUUCCAGGUCAAAAACUACAUGUCGCGCACCGAGAGCAUAGUUGAAGAUUGGGACACUGCUACUAAAAUGUGGGAGCACGUCCUCAUCAAGCGUCUACAAGGCGAAAGGCCUACGCCACCCAGUAAGAACGGGCUUAACGAUCCUUUCGAAGAUGGCGAGGGAGACAUCGCGAUGGAAGACGCCGAAGAACAGGAGAAGCCAUUGGCUGAGAAUCCCCUGUUGAUGACCGAAGCGCCGUGGAACACUGGUAAGGCACGAGAGAAAGCCAUCGAAAUCGCUAUGGAGAACUGGGGAUGCCCUGCGUUCUGGCUAUCGAGAACACCCGUGUGCGCUGCCUUUGCGGCUGGCAAGGCCUCGGCAUUGGUGCUCGAUGUAGGAGGCGCGAAUACGAGUGUCACCGCUGUUCACGACGGCAUGAUCCUGAAGCGCUCUAUCCAGAAGUCGCCCGUUGGAGGCAUAUGGCUGUCGCAACAAAUCCGAACCCUAUGGGAGAACAGCGACCCGAAAAUUGACAUCAUCCCGUCUUACAUGAUCGAGAACAAGACCCCCGUGGACGCAGGCGCGCCAGCUCAGGCUACGCUGCGCAAGUUCGGCUUCGAUCUCCAUCCAUCUUUCCGAGCUUACGAGGAGGAGCGCCUCCUAACCGAGUUCAAGGAAUCGGUCGUCGAGGUCUGGCGAGGCCCCGGUAGAUUUCUCAAUAAUGAGGAACUGGCUAAGACCCAACCCGGCCGCGUGUUUGAGAUGCCGAACGGCUCGAAUCAGAUGUGGAGAGAGCAACGAUACAGAGUCUCGGAGGGCAUGUGGGACGAGACGGCCGCAUUGCGGACGGGUGCAUUACCGACGGGCGAGGCCGUCACCAAGGCCCAGACGAUCCCUGAGUUGAUCAAGGCCGCCGUCAAUGCAGUAGAUGUAGACCUACGACCUAACCUUCUAGGAAACAUCGUGGUGACGGGAGGCUCGAGCCUGCUAAAUGGAUUCAAUGACCGCCUUAACCAGGAGUUAUCGACCAUUUACCCAGGCAUGAAGGUCAAGAUUCACGCUGCUGGACUCACUACCGAGAGACGCUUCGGUGCUUGGAUAGGAGGAAGCAUCCUGGCGAGCUUGGGAACAUUCCACCAAAUGUGGAUCUCGCGCAAGGAGUACGAGGAGAACGGCGCCGGCAUCGUCGAUAAGCGAUGUAAGUAA